CUGAGAAACUGACCUCACCAAUCCCCCAUCACAAACACAAACAUAACAAAGAGAGAGACCAAAAGUAAAAAACCUCUCUCAAACUCUCACAGCUAAAAGUCUCUCCUUUCUGUUAGGUCUUAUCUUCCACCUGGGUUUACAAUUGUUCCAGACCAAGAUUUUCAUAUUUGGACUUGUGUGCUGUUGUGGAAUGCUAUACAGGAUCAAAGGCUUGUUGCAUCUCUUUCUAAACUAGAAGAUUGGUUAGUUUGUGUAUGGUAUUAACAACUUUUAAUUGGUGUUUCUAAUCUAAGAAUCUAAGUGCAAGGUGCAUGCCAUGUUCUUGUACUCUUUUUAAGUAACAGCCCUGUCAUGGCCUUAGAUCCUUUUGGUGAAAGAGGGCAUCAAGCCAGUAUAUCCAACAUGGAUGAUUUUGAAUUGAUUACCAAUUGGGAUGAUGUAAUCUGUCCUAUAUGUUUGGAUUUCCCUCAUAAUGGUGUACUCCUUCAGUGCUCAUCUUAUGAUAAAGGAUGCCGUCCUUUUGUCUGCGAUACAAAUCACUUGCACUCAAAUUGCUUGGAUCGUUUCAGAAAUGCAUACAAUUUAUCAUUAUCCUCAUCAUCAGAAGUGAGUCAUACGAUAAACACUGAGCCAAUGGCAUCAGAAGACAACUGCAAACCAAGUUGUCCUUUAUGUAGGGGAGACGUUACUGGUUGGGUUAUAAUUGACAACGCCCGAAUACAUCUGGAUGAGAAGAAACGUUCUUGCGAGGAGGAACAGUGUACAUUUAUGGGAACCUACACGGAACUACAAAAGCAUGCUCAAAUAGAGCAUCCACAUGCACGUCCUUCAAAAAUUGAUCCUGCUCGGCAGCUUGACUGGGAGAAUUUCCAGCAGUCCUCUGAUAUCAUAGAUGUUCUGAGCACUAUUCACUCAGAAGUCCCACGUGGUGUGGUUUUGGGAGACUAUGUUAUAGAAUACGGUGAUGAGGAGACUGGAGAUGAGUUUGAAGACUUCCCUGGUGAUGAAGGUAACUGGUGGACAUCUUGCAUCUUGUAUCAGAUGUUUGAUAAUUUCAGAAAUUCUAGAAACAGAAGACGGACAAGAGUUGGUGAUACAAGAAGAGGAAGCCGCAGAUCAAGUUAUGAUAAUUCGAAUUCUGAUGAGGGUUCUGUGACAUCUGUAGAAUUUCCAGAAUAUAGGGUAGAUGAAACUGAUGAUGAGUUUGUGGGCUCAAGUGGCCCAUCGAGGGGUAGCUCCAGCCAUCGAAGUUCCCGAAGACGGCGUUCCCGCUUCUAUGACAAUUAGGUCUUAAUAUAUAAAAUUACAUUUCAAGGUAAUAUAUCUGCUCUCAUCAUUGAGUUUUCAACUGUAGUUCACCUUUGGAGAGCAGUGUCUUGAGACGAUUUCUUCGUAAUUUGUGCCAGCCAAAUACAAGACAUUGCAUAAAAUCUGCUGGCAGUGAAUAGAAGUAGGGAAAGCAAGACAUAGAAGAAGAAGAGUUCCUGUGGCAGUGAAGUAACUGGAAUGUGUGCUUCAGAUCUCUUAAAAGACAUUUUAGAAGCUGACAUCUGGAUUAUGACUUUGAUAAGUCUGUACUUCAAUGUCCAGAUUAGACAUGAAUUUGUGGACUUGAUAUUCAGUGCCCCUGUGUUUUAUAUGGUGACUGCUUUGGUUCCUUGUA